AUGUCUAACAAGAAACAGUCCGACAGCGGGGAUACCGUUACGGCUGCGGACCCUCUCGUCUCCCGGCUUGCUGAACAGGAUACCGUCCCAUGGUACCAAAAGCCAAAUCUUCGACGACUCUACUUUGUGUUAGUCCCGACAUGCAUUGGAGUCGAAAUGACAAGCGGAUUUGACUCGUCAAUGAUGAAUGGGUUACAAGCGGUGGACUCCUGGGAUACAUUUUACCAUAGCCCGAGAUCAACAUUGUUGGGACUUAUGUCCGCGAUGUAUUCCCUCGGUGCGAUUGUAGCACUCCCCCUCGUUCCAUACGUUGCGGAUUAUUGGGGUCGUCGAUGGGCUAUCAUCUUUGGUAGUGUCCUCAUGAUCAUUGGUGCCGUCAUCCAGACGGCCUCUCAGAAUUUCGCUAUGUUUGUGAUCGCUAGGUUCAUUUUAGGGCUCGGUAUCCCAUUCGCUAUCAUUGCCGCAUCUUCCUUGAUUGGAGAAUUGUCACAUCCAAAGGAACGUGCAAUCCUGGGUUCAUUGUUCAAUGCCUUUUACUUUGUUGGUUCCAUUGUCGCCGCCGGCGUCACACUCGGAACCUUUGCCAUGGCCAGCAAUUGGGGCUGGCGCAUUCCCUCUCUCCUCCAAGUUAUUCCCAGCACGAUGCAAAUCGUGUUUAUCUGGUUCCUCCCCGAAUCCCCUCGUUGGCUCGUAUCAAAGGGGCGAAACGAUGAAGCCCUAGCCGUGCUCACUAAAUACCACGCCGAAGGGGAUGAGACAUCCGAGUUCGUAAAGGCGGAGUUUGCCCAAAUUCAACAUACCCUUGAGAUAGAGAUGGAGUCAUCGAAGUUGAGCUGGAGGGAGCUUAUCACUACCUCAGGCAUGCGGAAACGUAUACUCAUCGGCUCCUUCCUGGGAUUGGCUACGCAGUGGAGUGGAAACGGGCUGACCUCGUAUUUCUUGGCUCGCAUUUUGGAUAACGUUGGCAUCCACGAUAACCGCACUAAGAAUCUCAUCAACCUUGCCAACACCUGUUGGGGAUUCCUGAAUGCCACUUUCUUCGCGUUAACUGUAUCCCGAUUCAAACGCAGAACGGCAUAUCUGACCUGUGCGGUCUCAAUUCUUCUCAUCUUUAUCGGCUGGACAAUUGCCUCGGCCCAGUACCAGAUGACAGAGAGCCAGGGAUCUUCUCGCGCAGUAAUCGCCCCAGCUUACAACGUGGCGUAUAACGCGCUGACAUACACUUUCCUGGUUGAAUUAUUCCCAUAUCAUGUUCGCGCCAAGGGUAUCACUGUGUUCCAGUGGUUCAGUCGUGCAGCUGGAUUCUUCAACCAGUUUGUCAACCCAAUCGGUAUCGCUAAUGCAGGUUGGAAAUACUACAUCAGCUACUGCGUUUGGCUUGGGUUCGAGCUUGCUUUCAUUUGGUUCCUCUUCCCCGAGACAUCAAAUAGGACACUCGAGGAACUUGCCUUCUUGUACGAAGGAGAUGUGCGUCAGGAGCAAGAGAAGAGAGUGGAGAACGAGAUCCAGAUGGAUGAAGGAUCGUCGGAGCCCGAUAAGGCGGAGCCGAAUCAUGUUGAGACGGUGGCUCGGUAG